AUGGGACCCCCAUGCAUAAGGAUUCAGAGAUGCAAAUUAACCUGUGUUCCUCCAGCAGCUGGGACUUCUGCUCAGGACACAUGUGGAUAUUACAAUGUGACGGACAGUAUUGGUGUCCUGGAUUACUCUCCUCGCCUUGUGAACGUCCGACCUGUCAGAGACUGGCGGGAGCCAACACUUGUCUCCUUGGAUAUGAUCUUCAGAGGAGUCCUGGAAAUGGAUGAAAAGCUGCAAACCAUGACAUCUUUGAUGGACAUUGAAAUGGUAUGGGAAAAUCAGCUCCUGUCCUGGGAUCCACAGGAUUUCUGUGGUAUAUACCGAAUCCUCAUCCCGGAGGGAACAGUUUGGAUCCCAGAUAUCAACGUCUCUGAAACAACAGAGGAUGACUCCCUUGAUGUGUUCUACAUGCAGCUUUAUUACAAUGGCACUAUUCGCAGGACUCGUACUCUGAAACUUGUGACCACAUGUCCUCUUGACCUUUACAAGUUCCCGUUUGACACACAGAAAUGCAAUCUGACAUUUGGCCUGAGCAUGAAUGCAGUUUCCGAUGUGGUUCUGACUCCUGCCUCCAGCGCUGAGAACGUAGCGCACUUAUCAAUAGAAGCAUUUACAAAAUCAGAAUGGAGUCUCAAAGACGUCAACAUUAUCAGUUUUAAUGUCUCUAAGAAUGGGGAUGAGUGGAGCAGAGUCCUCUAUCAGGUGAUUGUAAGGAGAGCUCCCAUUCUGUAUGUCAUUAACCUCAUUAUUCCUGCGUGCCUGCUAGUGCUGGUGGAUGUAUCCAGCAUGUUUAUCCCAAUGGAGGGUGGGGAGCGUCUGGGAUUUAAGAUAACCGUUGUGCUCGGAUUCUCUGUGCUUUUGUUGAUUCUAAAUGAUUUCCUGCCCAACACCAAUAACCCACCUAUACUAGGUGUCUUCUGCAUGGUUUGUCUGCUGAUAAUGAUUGUUAGCAUCAUGGACUCCAUCUUUAUAUCCUACAUGCUGUACCUGUCUGCUGUGCGGCCGGAUGUGCCCAAAUGGUUAAAGCUUUGGGUUCUGAAGCGGUUGGCAUUUGUCCUUAAAAUUUCCACAAAUGUUGACUUUUCUAAACCCAUGGAUAGAGGUGUUGUUAACAAUAAAGGUAUAACUAAGCUUUUGACUGAACUCCCAGGAAUUCCUGAACCAGAGGCAGAAACAAGUAGGCCGCUGCCUAGAGAUUCUAAGGACCAUCCGGAAAUUAAACUACUGAAAAGACUGCUAUUGGAGCUACUUCUGGUCCGCCGACAUCUCAUUCUCUCUAAAAAAGAGGAGGAGGCAAAGUCCGAAUGGCACUUGGUGGCUUUUGUCUUGGACCGUUUUAUCCUUGUCCUUUAUCUAAUCAUUGUGAGCAUUGUUGUGGUUGUAAUGGUACUGGUGUGGGCAAUAUGAGACUCUCAGAAAUAAAGAUAGCACCUUGGAAUUGUUGUGUGAGCUGGAGGAUAGCACAAUCCCACCGUCACCAGGAGACAAAGUUGCC